GCCCUGAGAAUGUCCCUGGGUGUCCCGGCCCCCCCCCACCCCGCAGCCCUGGGCCUGCAGGCUGGGCGCCGUGGGGCGCCUCGCGGCGGGGGGCUGUGUUCGGGGAGAGGAGCACCUAGGGUGGGCUGGAGGCGCUGGGGCGCGGCGGCCAAGUCUGGGGGCCACACCCUGACUCAGCAGGAACGUGGGCUGGAGCCCCGGCCCGGCCUGCCAGGUGCUGCCCCGCUGGCUGGCCCUGGCCCGGCCGGGUCAGGGCCGAGCAUCUGCGGCCCCCGACCUGGCCCCCCGCGCCUGCGGCGUCCGUCCGGUCAGCUCCGCGGGCCGCCCCGCCCCACCCCUCCACCUGCUCGGGCCUCUGCCCGCGGGACGGGCCGCGCCCGGGACACAGCUGCCCUCCCAGACUCUGUCCGGGGCAGGCGACGGGGCCCCCUAGAGGCCGGGCGCACCGCCACCCCCCCCCACUCCCCCGCCGGCCGCCCGCCGCCCCAUCUGGACCGUCUGGGCAGGGUGCGGAGUUCCGGGCCGGCGGCGGCGGCUCCCGGAGCAGGCCGCAGGCAGCUGGGCCGGCUGGCCGCGCUCCAGAGGCGCGGAGCGGGUUAAAGUGUGCGGCGGGCGGGCGGGCGGCGGCGGCGGGCGGGGGAGGCCGGUGCAGCCCCAGUUCCUCCCUGUCUGUCUGACAGCUAUAAAGGCGGCCGCGCCCGCGCUCCGGCCACUGGGCUGGGCGGCUCCCCAGGAAACCCGCUCGGCGCUUUGAAGCGGGCGGGAGGCGGCUGGAGGCACAGGGGCUGCCCACACACCUGGCCGGCCCGCCCGCCCGCCCGCAGCCCCUCUCUCCAGGACGCCCUGCUGGCCUGGCCAGGAUGGACGCCCAACACUGGCCUUCCCGCUGGGCCUGGCUCCUGCUGGCCGAGGCGCUCGUGGCAGGGGCCGUGGUGACCGGGGCGGGCGCAGCGGACAGCCGGCCGGAGGGGACAGGCGACACGGCGGCCGCCUGGUGGGGGGAGUGGACCAAGUGGACAGCGUGCUCCCGCAGCUGUGGCGCGGGGGUGGCCUCUCAGGAGCGGCACUGCCUGCAGCAAAGGAGGCUCUCGAGCCCAGGAGCCGGGAACCGGACCUGCUCGGGCACGUCCAAGCGGUACCAGCUGUGCCACGUCCAGGACUGUCCACCUGACGGCAGGAGCUUCCGUGAGCAGCAGUGCAGCGCCUUCGACUCCCGCGUGUACAACGGCCGCACCCACCAGUGGAAGCCCCUGUACCCCGACGACUACGUCCACAUCUCCAGCAAGCCCUGCGACCUGCACUGCACCACGCUGGACAGCCAGCGGCAGCUCAUGGUCCCCGCCCUGGACGGCACCUCCUGCAAACUCGGCGAGCUGCGAGGGGUUUGCGUGUCUGGAAAAUGUGAGCCCAUCGGCUGUGACGGCGCCCUCUUCUCCACCCACACGCUGGACAAGUGCGGUGUCUGCCAGGGGGACGGGAGCAGCUGCACCCACGUGACGGGCAACUACCGCAAGGGGACGCCCCACCUUGGCUACUCCCUGGUGACCCACAUCCCGGCCGGGGCCCGAGACAUCCAGAUCGUGGAGCGGAAGAAGUCCGCAGACGUCCUGGCCCUGGCGGACGAAGCCGGCUCCUACUUCUUUAACGGCAACUUCCGGGUGGACAGCCCCAAGAACUUCAACAUCGCGGGCACCGUGGUCAAGUACCGGCGGCCUAUGGACGUCUAUGAGACGGGCAUCGAGUACAUCGUGGCCCAGGGCCCCACCAACCAGGGGCUGAACGUGAUGGUAUGGAACCAGAACGGCAGGACCCCGUCCAUCACCUUUGAGUACACGCUGGUGCGGCCGCAGCCCGCCGGCUACUACAGCUUCCCGCCACCGGGGCCAGCGCUGGCCGCCCUGCUCGGCCACAACGCCUCCCUCUACGGCCCGGCCGAGUCUCGGGGCCUGGACAAGCAGCUGCUGGGCCUGCCGGGCCCCGGCCUGGGGCCUGCUGCGAGCAGGGGCGCGGAGACCAACGAGCUGUGUCCGCUGGCCAGCGGCGGGGCGUGUGGGGGUGCCCCCCAGGGCAGAGGCCUCCGAGACGGCAAUGUCACCGGAGCUGCCUCGGGGGACUCCCACCCACCCUCCCGGGCGCCCCCCUCCGCCAACACCAUCUCCGAGCCGCGGCGGGCAGAGCCGGAAAACAGCAUCUUUGUGCAGGCGGCCCCGAGGAGCGCCCCGGCCGAGGGCCUCCCGCUGGAUGCGGACGGCCCCGAGGGCCUGUACCUGGAGCUGGGCAGCGACCGCGUGAGCAACUCCUCCUCCGAGGCCCCGUCCCCCAACGCCAGCCUCCCCGCUGCCGCCACCAACAGAACCCACAAGGCCAGGCCCAGGCCCAAGGGGCGCCGUCCCGGCGUGAGCCCGGCAGACAUGUACCGGUGGAAGCUGUCCUCGCACGAGCCCUGCAGUGCCACCUGUGCCACAGGAGUCAUGUCGACCUAUGCCAUGUGUGUCCGCUAUGAUGGCAUCGAGGUGGACGACAGCUACUGCGACGCCCUGACGCGCCCCGAGCCGGUGCAGGAGUUCUGCGUGGGGAGAGAGUGCCAGCCCCGGUGGGAGACGAGCAGCUGGAGCGAGUGCUCGCGCACCUGCGGGGAGGGGUUCCAGGUGCGCAUCGUGCGCUGCUGGAAGAUGCUGUCGCCCGGCCUGGACAGCUCCGUGUACAGCGACCUGUGCGAGGCGGCCGAGGCCGUGCGGCCCGAGGAGCGCAAGGCCUGCCGCAACCCCGCCUGCGGGCCGCAGUGGGAGAUGUCCGAGUGGUCAGAGUGCACAGCCAAGUGUGGGGAGCAGAGUGUGGUGACCAGACACAUCCGCUGCUCCGAGGACGAGAAACUCUGCGACCCCAACACCAGGCCCGUGGCGGAGAAGGGGUGCACGGGGCCCCCCUGCGACCGCCAGUGGACGGUCUCUGACUGGGGUCCGUGCAGCGGCGGCUGCGGGCAGGGCCGCACCAUCAGGCAGGUGUACUGCAAGACAGCGGAGGGCCGCGUGGUGCCCGAGUCGCAGUGCCAGGCAGACGCCAAGCCCCUGGCCAUCCACCCCUGCGGGGACAAGAACUGCCCUGCCCACUGGCUGGCCCAGGACUGGGAGCGGUGUAACACGACGUGCGGCCGCGGGGUGAAGAAGCGCCUGGUGCUGUGCAUGCAGUUGGCCAACGGGCGGCCGCAGGCGCGCAGCGGCUCCGAGUGCGGCCUGGCGCAGAAGCCGGCCGAGGAGAGCACGUGCUUCGAGAGGCCCUGCUUCAAGUGGUACACCAGCCCCUGGUCCGAGUGCACCAAGACCUGCGGGGUGGGCGUGCGCAUGCGGGACGUGAAGUGCUACCAGGGGGCUGACAUCGUGCGCGGCUGCGACCCGCUGGUGAAGCCGGUGGGCAGACAAGCCUGCGACCUGCAGCCCUGCCCCACGGAGCCCCCAGACGACAGCUGUCAGGACCAGCCAGGCACCAACUGCGCGCUGGCCAUCAAGGUGAACCUGUGCGGCCACUGGUACUACAGCAAAGCCUGCUGCGGCUCGUGCAGGCCCCCGCACUAGCCCCGCGCCGGGGACGCCACAGACACCUUCCUGCUGAAGAUGCCGCCGAGGACAGCCCCGAGCCCGCCCCCGUCAGUGGGCCUGUAGGGGUGUGGGGUCUCGAGGAGCGGGGACGGGUCGUCUUUGCCCCCGCGUCCUGACACCGGGGCGCCCAUCCUGCCCUGCGUUCCCCGUGUGCCAAUAAAGUGUCUCGGGGACU